AUGAGUUCACAAGGACCCAAAUCCUCAAAACCUUCAAAACCUACAAAUCAAUCCUCGAAUACACCAACACCACCUUCAAGAGCACCAUCUUCUCUCUCCUCCCACUUGGCCAUGGUUGAGCUCAAACAGAGAAUACUCACCUCUCUCUCCAAACUCUCAGACAGAGAUACCCACCAGAUCGCUGUCGAAGACCUCGAGAAGAUCAUUCAAACCCUCUCAAACGAUGGCAUUUCGAUGUUCCUCAAUUGCCUCUACGAUGCCACCAAUGACCCCAAACCCAUUGUCAAAAAGGAGUCCUUACGCCUGUUGACCGUUCUAUGUGCUACCCAUACUGAUCCUAGCACCACCCAUUUGACAAAAAUCAUUGCCCACAUUGUGAAGAGGCUCAAAGAUUCGGAUUCUGGGGUUAGAGACGCGUGCCGUGACGCAAUUGGGGCGUUGUCCUCGCAGUAUUUGAAGGGUGAGGGUGACAAUGUGGGACUUGGGUCGAUGGUAUCUCUAUUUGUGAAGCCAUUGUUUGAGGCAAUGAAUGAGAAUAACAAGAAUGUACAAGGUGGGGCUGCAAUGUGUAUGUCUAAGAUGGUGGAAUGUGCUUCCGACCCGCCUAUCGCCCCGUUUCAGAAGCUGUGUCCUAGAAUUUCCAAGUACCUUAAUAAUCCCAACUUCUUAGCAAAAGCUGCGCUUUUUACUGUUGUUGCAAGUCUAUCUCAGGUAGGAGCUAUUGCACCACCAAGCUUGGAACCACUGCUGCAAAGCAUUCAUGAGUGCCUUGGAAGUUCAGAUUGGGCAACACGUAAGGCGGCCGCUGAUGCAACUAGUGCCUUGGCAUUGCAUUCAAGCAACUUGAUCAUGGCCAGAGCUUCUUCGACACUGUCGGUGCUUGAGGCUUGUCGAUUUGACAAGAUAAAACCUGUCAGAGAUAGUGUGACAGAGGCGUUGCAGCUAUGGAAGAAGAUUGCAGGAAAAGGAGAUGGAGCUGCGGAUGACCAGGAUGGGGAAAAUUCUGAAUAUGCUGAGUUGUCAGAGAAGGACCUUCCAAAUCUUGGUGAGAGAAGAACUGAGACAUCAGCGAAGGAUUCAUCCGAUGGACUGUCCCCUUCUAGUGUUCCCAAAGCGAGGGGUACCAACAUUUCAGAUAAAGCAGCUGGGAUAUUAAAGAAGAAGGCCCCAGCAUUGACUGACAAAGAAUUGAACCCAGAGUUCUUCCAGAAUCUUGAAACAAGGGGUUCAGGUGAUUUGCCUGUAGAAGUGGUGGUCCCACGCAGAUGUCUAAACUCUUCACAAUCACACAAUGAGGAAGACACUGAGGCAAAUGAUACUGAUUCAAGUGCAAGGUUAAAGGGUCCCUGCCAGCCAGACGACCAAUCUGCUAACUUUAAAUACCGGAAUAUUGAAAGGGGGACUGCUGGUGCAUUUUCUAGACAACGAGAUAUUGAUGAUAGGAGUGAAGUAAAUCAAAGAGAGUCAUCCAGUAUUCAUGUGGGGUUUUCCAAAACUGACGGUCAGUCUGAGGGUUUUGUCAAUAACAGAGCAAAUUGGUUGGCUAUCCAGAGGCAGUUAUUACAACUGGAGAGGCAACAAGCUCAUCUAAUGAACAUGUUGCAGGAUUUCAUGGGUGGGUCUCAUGAUAGCAUGGUGACUCUAGAGAACAGAGUAUGGGGUCUCGAGAGAGUUGUUGAAGAUAUGGCACGGGAUUUGUCAAUGUCAGCCAGUAGAAGAGGUGGUCAUUUUAUGUUGGGGUUCCAGGGAUCUUCAAAUAGGUCCCUGAGCAAAUACAAUGGCUUCCCUGACUACUCUAGUGCCAAGUUGGGGAGGGGUGGUGAUGGGCGAGUUUCCUUCAGUGAGAGGCUUGUACCGUCCAACGGUAUUGUUUCAGGCAUGAGGGGUAGGGGCCCUCCAUGGAGAUCUGAGGCGCCUGAAGUUUGGGACUUGCACUCCUUUGGAAAAAAUGGCCAAAUGAGCUCUAGGAGAGCUCUAGGUGGUGGUUCCAUAGGCAGUAGGUCACCCAAAUCAGAACAUGAAAAUGAUCAGGUUGGCAGCAGGAGAGCUUGGGAUAAAGGAGCUGGACCUGUUAGAUUUGGGGAGGGCCCUUCUGCAAGAAGUGUCUGGCAAGCUUCGAAGGAUGAGGCAACCUUGGAAGCAAUUCGAGUAGCUGGUGAAGACAAUGGAACUGCUCGAAGUGCAAGAGUUCAUAUACCAGAGUUGACUGCUGAAUCAUUAAGGGAUGACAAUAUUGUGCGAGAGCGUGAUCCAGUUUGGACAUCUUGGAGUAAUGCCAUUGAUGCACUUCAUGUGGGUGAUAUUGAUUUGGCUUUUGCAGAAGUUUUGUCUGCUAGGGAUGACCUCUUGCUAGUGAAGUUAAUGGACAGAUCUGGCCCUGUAAUUGACCAACUCUCAACCGAGGUAGCAAGUGAGGUUUUGCAUGCUGUUGCACAGUUUUUACUGGAGCAAAACUUAUCUGAUAUCUGUUUAUCUUGGAUUCAACAGUUGGUAGAUAUUGCCAUGGAAAAUGGAUCCGAUGUCUUAGGCAUUCCUAUGGAAGUAAAACGGGAGCUGCUGCUAAAUUUACAUGAAGCUUCUUCAACAAUUGACCUACCUGAGGAAUGGGAAGGUGCAACGCUGGACCAACUCUUACUGCAGUUGGCGUCAGCCUGGGAAAUUGAUUUGCAGCAGCUGGGGAAGUAAUGCCUGCCUCUCGGGAUUUGUAUUCUAUGUUUAUCGUUCAUGUCUGGUGGUUAGGAUGAUACAUCUUGUAACUACACAUAUAGUGAACUAAUCGGGGAACAGUCGUCGCAAAUUGAUGAGUCCAUCAUCAAACUCUGUUUCGAAUAAGUGAUUG